AUGGAUCCGAAAACAACACCAGACCUCCUCAAGCGGCCGCUCUACGUCUAUGACCUCCCGCCCGAAGUGCUGACGACACUCUCGCUGAAGUCAGACGCCUCGAUCCCAGAUCAGACCCCACCAUCGCCUCCAGCCAAAGACACUGCCAACUCCGAUCUCGUCGGCUCCCAAGCCUGCUCGCUAUGCGCGGCGACCUUCUCCUCCGUACUCGACCAGCGAAGCCAUCAAAAGUCCGACUGGCACCAUUACAAUCUAAAGCAAAAGCUGCGUGGCGCAAAACCGGUGUCGGGAAAUGAGUUUGAAAAGUUGAUCGGAGAUCUUGACGAGAGUCUUUCGGGCUCAGACUCGGAAGAGUCAGAAGACGACGAAGAUGAGGCGGGCCGCAAGGAGACCACUCUCACAGCACUGCUGAAGAAGCAAGCCACUCUCGCCGAAAGGAACAGAACUCCCACGGCGGGUGAAGACGACGAAAACGAAGAUCCGGUGCGACGAACAGGGAAGGGAAACCCGCCCCUGAUAUGGUUCACAUCUCCUGUCCUCCCGCCCAACACCUACUUUGGCCUGUACCGAGCCAUACUUACAGGUGAAGAGCUUCGCGAGGAAGCGAAUCUUGUGGAAGUUGUCAAGAAGAAGCAGUUGGACCCCAUAGCCGCGCCCAAAGUCCCCAAGGAUGGCUCGGCGCCGCCACCGGCGGCUUACAAGGGCCCUCACUUCUUCUUGUGCAUGAUUGGCGGCGGCCACUUUGCCGCCAUGGUGGUGUCACUUGCACCGCGUCAGAACAAGUCUGUUGGCGCACUAAACAGAGAAGCAACUGUUCUGGCUCAUAAGACGUUCCACCGCUAUACGACCCGACGCAAGCAGGGUGGGUCGCAAUCCGCCAAUGACAACUCCAAGGGCAAUGCCCAUUCUGCCGGGUCCAGUUUGCGUAGGUACAAUGAGCAGGCUCUGGUUGAUGAUGUGCGCAACCUGCUGCAGGAGUGGAAGGGUUUGCUGGACACUUCCGAGCUGCUGUUCAUCAGAGCGACGGGCGCGACGAAUCGCCGGACACUCUUCGGGCCGUACGACGGACAGGUUUUGAAGCACAACGACACGAGGAUACGAGGGUUUCCGUUCAGCACGCGAAGAGCAACACAGAACGAGUUGAUGAGGUCCUUUAUCGAGCUCACAAGGUUAAAGGUCAGAGAGAUCAACCCGGAGGACGAAGCAAAACCGAAGGCCGAGCUGCCUACACCUGCGAAAGCCGCGCCUCCCAAGCCCACGAAGCCAAAGCUCACAGAAGAGGAAGAGACGGCACUGCUACACACAUCACAGAUCCAGGCCUUCAUACGCCGCUCCAAACUUCCGGCACUGCUGUCCUAUUUGAAGAGCAAUGAUGUCAGUCCGGACUUCCAGUUCCAACCACCGGACCAGAACUAUCACGCACCAACCCCUCUACACUUAGCUGCUCACCAAAAUGCCGCGCCUCUGGUCCUUGGCCUCAUCGCACGCGGCGGCGCGUCUCCACUCAUAACCAACAAGGACGGAAAGACCCCCUUCGACCUCGCGGGCGACAGGUCGACAAGAGAUGCCUUUCGCGUUGCUCGGUCUGAGCUCGGCGAGGACAAGUGGGACUGGGACGCCGCGCGUGUGCCGGCACCACUAAGCAAGGCGGACGCAGAGAAGCGCGAUGAACGGGACAGAAAGGAGAAGGAGAGCAAAGAGACGGAGCGGAGACGCGCAGAGGAAGAGAGGCUACGCGCCGAGGGACCCAAAGUCGAUGACAGGAAGAAGAGGGCAGGCGCUUUGGCGGCCGUCGCGUCGACCAAGACGGCGCAGGAGAAGAGAGAGGAAGAAGCGAGAGGCCUCACCCCUGAAAUGCGGAUGAAGCUUGAUCGCGAGAGGAGGGCGAGGGCUGCCGAGGAGCGUCUCAAGCGGAUGCAGGGUGGCGGGUAA